UCAGGCGGCUGGGAGGACCGCGACUUCCGCGGGCCGCUCUUGGUUAACGCUCUUGGGCAACUUCCUCAGCAGCACCCGUCUAGCCGCUGGCUCCGCCUUCUCUAUGACUUCCGCGCCUGGGCCUUUCGUUUGCGGCCGCGCGAGCCCAAGGCGCGGACGGGUCCGGGUCUUGCUUCGCUUCGCUGGCGGUGGGGCCUGGAGCCCCCGGCCUCCUUCUCCCCGGGGCCGCCAGGAGUGCUGCCAGGGCGGGCGGGGCGGGGCUGGGUGUAUGUGGGGAGGGUGAAUAGUGGGGCUAGCAAGGCAGGCGGCAGGGUGUGGUGGGGGCCAGCAAGGGGCAUGGGGUGUAUGUGGGGAAGGUAAAUAAUGGGGGCCACAAAGGGAGGUUGGGGGGUGUAGUGUGGGCAGAAGGGGAUUGGAGUGGAAUGUAGGGAGGGUGAAUAGUAGGACUAGUGAGGGGGGUUGGGUGUAGUGGGGGAAGCAAGGGGGAUGGGGUGAAUGUAUGUGGGGAGGGUUAACAAUGGAGGCCAGCCAAGGGGUGGGGUGAAUGUAUGUGGGGAGGGUUAACAAUGGAGGCCAGCCAAGGGGAUGCGGUGAAUGUAUGUGGGGAGGGUUAACAAUGGAGGCCAGCCAAGGGGAUGCGGUGAAUGUAUGUGGGGAGGGUUAACAAUGGAGGCCAGCCAAGGGGAUGGGGUGAAUGUAUGUGGGGAGGGUUAACAAUGGAGGCCAGCCAAGGAGAUGCGGUGAAUGUAUGUGGGGAGGGUUAACAAUGGAGGCCAGCCAGGGGGUGGGGUGAAUGUAUGUGGGGAGGGUUAACAAUGGAGGCCAGCCAGGGGGUGGGGUGAAUGUAUGUGGGGAGGGCUAACAGUGGAGGCCAGCCAGGGGGUGGGGUGUAUGUGGGGAGUGUGAAUUGUGGAGAAGGGGGUUGGGGGUGUAGUGGAGGCAGAGAGAGGGAAUUGGAGGAAAUGCACAUGGGGAGGGAUAGCUCAGUGGUUUGAGCAUUGGCCUGCUAAACCCAGGGUUGUGAGCUCAGGCCUUGAGGGGGUCACUUAGGAUUCUGGGGCAAAAAUCAGUACUUGGUCCUGCUAGUGAAGGCAGUGGGCUGGGCUUGAUGACCUUUUGGGGUUCCUUCCAGUUCUAUGAGAUAGGUAUAUCUCUAUAUAUUUACGUGAUAUGAGGAUCACCAAGAGGAAUGGGAGUAGGAAGCAGGGACAUUUUAUUCUAAGUCUAGGCUCUGGAUCUCACUGAGCCACCGGCCCCCUGUAUAACACAGUUCCUGUUGAUAGUGUAUGUUGGCCCUUAGCUCUCUUUCAGGGGUUUAGGUGGUUUAUAGCAUCAGUGGAUGCCCUAGUGCCCGCAGCAUGGUUCCACAGAUAGAAUGAGGCAUUUUGGGUUUACCUCUCCAUUGCCUAAAUGAAGGAACAAUUUCCACCUCCAUCUUGAAUUGUACUGGGGCUAAGGUGCAUCAAAUCCAUUUCUAGCAGCACAACUUAUAUGAGGUGCUCCGUGGUAUAAAGAUAAAACUCUGCUGAUUAGAAACCGGAUGAUCAUUCUGCACUGCCUCCUGGAGGAUUUGACUGGAAGAUUUCACCAUAAUAAAGGAGCAGGAUGCCAUCACUUCAGCAUGACUAUUCCUCCAUGCAGGUCAAAGAAAUUUGACAACAGACUGGCACUUGGGAGACCAGAGUUCUGUUUCCAGCCCUACAGUUGACUUGCUGUGUGAUUUUGAGGGUCGCGGCGGUAACAGCAGGCGGCCGCUGACUCCUCCCUGGAACCGGCCGGCGGCAGAGCCCGGAGGCGACAUGAGGCCAGAACCCAGCCGAUCUUUGUGACAGGAGGUCUGAAUAGUUCUUAUUAAUCCGAAACCAUGGUGCAGAAAUAUCAGUCCCCUGUGCGGGUGUAUAAACACCCCUUUGAGUUAAUUAUGGCUGCGUAUGAAAGAAGAUUUCCUACAUGUCCUCUAAUCCCAAUGUUUGUAGCUAGUGACACUGUGAAUGAAUUCAAGAGUGAGGACGGAGCUAUCCAUGUGAUAGAAAGGCGCUGUAAGCUGGAUAUAGAUGCACCCCGGUUAUUGAAAAAGAUUGCAGGAGUAGAUUAUGUUUACUUUGUCCAGAAGAACUCCUUGAACAGACAAGAUCGGACUUUGCACAUAGAGGCCUACAAUGAAACCUUUUCUAACAGAGUCAUCAUUAAUGAGCACUGCUGUUACACAGUUCACCCUGACAAUGAAGAUUGGACCUGUUUUGAACAGUCAGCAAGCCUGGACAUCAAGUCUUUCUUUGGCUUUGAAAGCACUGUGGAAAAGAUUGCCAUGAAACAGUACACCAGCAAUAUUAAAAAGGGGAAGGAAAUAAUAGAGUAUUACCUGAAGCAGAUGGAGGAAGAAGGGAUAACGUUUGUUCCUCGGUGGACUCCUCCAGUUAUGUAUAAGCUGGAGAACAGCACAUCUCACAUAGCACGGCCAGUUUCUCCUGCUAUCAACAUACCAGAUACUGCCACAAAGGAGGGACUGAACAAUAAGGAAGUGCUCAACACCUCCAGCAGCCCAUCAGAGCCCACAGCAGGAACACCUGAUGACAAACUCGAUGCAGACUACAUCAAGCGGUACCUGGGUGACUUGACACCAUUGCAGGAAAGCUGCCUCAUCCGACUUCGACAAUGGCUCCAGGAAACGCACAAGGGCAAAAUCCCAAAGGAUGAACAUAUUUUACGAUUCUUACGUGCCCGGGACUUCAAUAUUGACAAAGCCAGAGAGGUUCUUUGCCAGUCACUAACAUGGCGUAAACAGCACCAGGUGGACUAUAUUCUGGAUACCUGGAACCCUCCUCAAGUACUUCAAGAUUAUUAUGCAGGAGGUUGGCAUCACCAUGACAAAGAUGGGCGCCCUCUGUAUGUGUUGAGGUUGGGACAGAUGGACACCAAAGGCUUAGUGCGAGCUCUUGGGGAAGAAGCCUUACUUCGAUAUGUUCUUUCUAUAAAUGAAGAAGGACUGAGGCGAUGUGAAGAGAAUACAAAAGUAUUUGGCAGGCCUAUAAGCUCCUGGACCUGUCUGGUGGAUUUGGAGGGCUUGAAUAUGCGACAUUUAUGGAGACCUGGUGUCAAAGCAUUACUAAGAAUCAUUGAAGUGGUUGAAGCCAAUUACCCUGAAACAUUGGGUCGCCUUCUUAUCCUGAGAGCGCCCAGAGUAUUUCCAGUCCUCUGGACACUGGUUAGUCCAUUCAUUGAUGACAACACCAGAAAGAAAUUCCUUAUUUAUGCAGGAAAUGACUACCAAGGACCUGGAGGGCUACUGGAUUACAUUGAUAAAGAAAUUAUCCCAGAUUUCCUUAGUGGGGAGUGCAUGUGUGACGUUCCCGAGGGUGGGCUAGUUCCGAAGUCUCUGUACCGGACUGCAGAAGAGUUGGAAAAUGAAGACAUAAAAUUGUGGACUGAAACUAUCUAUCAGUCUGCAAGUGUCUUCAAGGGAGCUCCACACGAGAUUUUCAUUCAGAUUGUGGAUGCCUCAUCUGUGAUCACAUGGGAUUUUGAUGUGUGCAAAGGCGACAUUGUUUUUAACAUCUAUCACUCCAAACGAGUGCCACAGCCUCCUAAAAAGGACUCUCUGGGCACCCACAGCAUUACAUCUCCUGGGGGGAACAAUGUACAGCUCAUAGAUAAAGUCUGGCAGUUAGGGCGUGAUUACAGUAUGGUGGAGUCCCCACUUAUCUGCAAGGAAGGGGAGAGUGUGCAGGGGUCUCAUGUGACCAGAUGGCCUGGCUUCUAUAUUCUUCAAUGGAAAUUUCACAGCAUGCCUGCCUGUGCUACAACCAAUCUGCCUCGUGUGGAUGAUGUACUGGCAUCUCUACAGGUCUCCUCUCAUAAGUGCAAAGUGAUGUACUAUACAGAAGUGAUAGGAUCAGAAGAUUUCAGAGGAUCUAUGACCAGCCUUGAAUCAAGCCACAGUGGAUUCUCCCAGCUCAGCGCUGCCACCACCUCUUCCAGCCAGUCCCACUCCAGCUCCAUGAUUUCCAGAUGGCGAUUUUGCUGACAGCUGUAAAGAAACCACUUCAUUCAACAGUCCACAUCUGCCCUGAGGUGUCUGGCUUUGUAGCCCUUUUUGAGUUACAGCCACUUUUCAAGGCUGAAGAUCUCUUGGGUUCUUUUUAGUUAGUGGCACUUGAGGGUUUCCUCAAAGUCUAAUCCAUCUUUAAAAACUCAAAGCACAGGACAGCACAAACAGCUGAGGGGCUAAUACACCAGAAAAACAAGAUAACGUUUCCUCUUAGUGAAGUGCUAUGGCAAAUAGGACUUACUUAUGCAGUUUGAAAUAGACUUGAUUAAUUUUAAUACCCUUGGUCUCCUCUUUUUCAUUGAUAUUGCUGUUUUUCCUUUCUGCCAACACACUGACCAUUGUGUUGGCUUUUCUCCCCUGUAUUACCAAUGUCCCAUCCCUGCCCUCUUGUCCAUAUUCAUGAAUUGCAUAUCAAAUUCUGUAAAUGUUUUGUAAACAUAUUACCUCACUGUUGGUAAUAAGAAACGGUCUUUAAAAGAUUUUUUUAUUGUUAAUAAUAAAUGUGAACUGUUUGGGGAAAAAAAUCCGACUCCUUGUAGCAACGGCAAUCUUUGGCAUCAGGUAUAAUGCACAGUGGAAACUGCUGAAGGGUUUAAGUGUCUCCCAGUGGGAUUCUGCAGUGCUACCGUGGGACUGGCAAAGAGAGUCCUCUUCAGCUUGUGCUGUGGUUUACCUUUUCCUGUUUCAAGCUGUAGCUUGGUCAUUGCAAAUGAGUGGGCUUUUCCAAGCAUAUGACCUAGACAGCAAGGGCAAGGUGUAUUGGAAAGGAGGGGUUGCCUUUUCCACAAGGAAAUUGUCUCACACUGCGAUAGGAUCCAGCUUCUCAGAGGAAUUAUCCCACAGCCCAUCUUCCUCUGGUAUUGCAAACUCUACCCAACUUAUGAAUAGCCAAGAGGAACCAUGAUAAUUAAAGAUGGAUAUGUUACAAUAUCUUGGAAAACAGUGCCAAUAAAUCUGUCACUAUAGAAAGAAACCACUUCUGUGCUUUCACCGAGAGAAAAUGGUUCCAAAUCCUUUGAUCCAGGUUUGGCAUGGUAGCUACUCUACCAGCGGAGCCAAUGCAUUGCAAUAGCGUCUGUGUUUUUGAUGUAAUAGCUGUGCCUCACAAAAUGUUUUCUUUGAGCCAGAGUCCAUUCCAGAAACAAAACUCAGUACAACAUGGGCACAUGUACUAGAAUUCAGCUGACUUACCACAAACUCAAAUUGUUAGCCACCUGACCAAGUUCAAUAGUAGAGG